GCGAUAUCUGGGUUGAGCCGCCCGCUGCCUUGGCUACCAGACUCUUCAGCUGGCAGCGCGUGUAGUCGGGCUACGGAGGCCGGGUUGCCAGAUUACAGAAAAGUGUUUAAGAAGCUCGUGGAGUGAUGUGAGUCAGAGUAAUAUAGGAUCAGCAAGAAGUUGCUCAAGAUACUUGAAAGAAGAAUUUCUAGACUCUUCAUCAAGAUCUUCAUUUACACAGCCAUUAAAUCCAAGGCUACUGUGGUGAAAGCAUGUAUAAAAAUACAUCUUCUGUAGACUCAUCCAGUCUACUUGAAAAAGAUCCUGCCUUUCAGAUGAUUACAGUUACCAGGGAAACAGGUCUGGGUCUCAAGAUCCUAGGAGGAAUUAACCGGAAUGAAGGCCCAUUGGUAUACAUUCAGGAAAUCAUUCCUGGAGGAGAUUGUUACAAGGAUGGCCGUUUGAAGCCAGGAGAUCAACUUGUCUCCGUAAACAAGGAAUCAAUGAUUGGUGUAUCAUUUGAAGAAGCAAAAAGGAUUGUUGCGAAAGCCAAAUUGAGGACAGAAUCUACUUGGGAGAUAGCAUUCAUAAGACAAAAACCUGAUAUCAAUCAUCCAGAAAAGCUACUGUGUGCGUCUUUAGAAGCGUCAGAAGAACAUGGACCUCAAGCCUCAACAUUUAGUCUUCUUUCUUCUCCCCAUGAAAUACUAAUUCCAAAGACCUCAUCCACUCCCAAAAUUAAUGACACCAUUUUACCUUCUUAUGAGAUAAGUCAGAUAAAAAUUGGAUGCAGCAAAACAGAACAGACUCCAAUUACUUCUUCAGACAACAGCACUACAGAUAUGGUUGAUACAGAUGGUGCUCCUGCCUGGAGUGAUAAUUAUGGACCUCAGGGAAAGGAAGUUUCCCUAAAUCCCUCUGUUCGUCUUAAGGCAGAGAAACUGGAAAUGGCUCUUAAUUAUCUUGGUAUUCAGCCCACAGAGGAACAACACCGAGCCCUAAGACAGCAAGUACGAUCAGACUCAGAUGGGACAGUGUCUUUUGGAGAUUUUGUUCAAGUUGCCAAAAAAUUGUUUUGCUUGCAGUUGGAUGAAGUAAAUGUUGGUGCACAUGGAAUCUCCAACACAUUAGAUUCACAGCUUCUUCCCUGUGAUUCUUUAGAAGCCGAUGAAACAGGAAGGCUUACACGUGAAAGAAAUGAUGCCUUGAAAGAAGUGAACAUACUUAAGGAAAAAUUAUUUGAAUCAGAGAAGCAAAGGAAGCAAUUGACAGAAGAACUCCAGAAUGUGAAACAAGAAGCCAAAGCCGUCGUUGAAGAGUCAAGCGCCCUGCGGAGUCGGCUUCAUCUUGCUGAAGCAGCGCAGAAGCAGUUGCACGGGAUGGAAAUGGACUAUGAAGAAGUGAUCCGUCUGUUAGAGGCCGAGAUCGCAGAGCUAAAGGCUCAGCUUGCUGAUUAUGCUGACCAAAAUAAAGAAAAUGUUCAGGAUUUAAGGAAGAGAAUCACAGUACUUGACUGCCAAUUGAGAAAAUCAGAAAUGGCUCGAAAAACUUUUGAAGCAUCCACUGAAAAGCUUCUUCAUUUCGUAGAGGCUAUACAAGAAAUAUUUUCUGAUAUUUCUGCUCCCUUAUCAAAUUUAAGUGAAAGAAGAGCAGUGUUCACUUCUAAAACUUCACUCACAUCACUGGGAAGGCACGGACAUGACAUCCCAGCAACACUGGCACUGGAAUCUAAGCAACUUGUUAAAUCUGUUCAUGCCCUGCUUGACAUGGAUUGUUUACCUUAUGGGUGGGAGGAAGCUUACACAGCAGAUGGCAUCAAGUACUUCAUCAAUCACGUAACACAGACGACAUCCUGGAUCCAUCCCGUGAUGAGUGUCCUGAAUCUGUCUUGCUCAGAGGAGAAUGAAGAGGAUUGUCCUAGAGAACUUCCCGACCAGAAAACUUGAUGGAUUUCUCUAGGAAGUGGAUUCCCAUGGUCUUCUGGCAUCUCAGUCUGCAGGGACGAUGAGCAGAGACACAUAACACCCAAGUCUGAAAUGCAAUGGUCUCAAACAGGAGUGAAGCAUCCACUACCACUCACAGUGUGAAAUCAAGACUCUGCAUUUAGGAUAUUUUUGUAAAACUUUUGCUAUUACUGUAUACAUUUAAAAGAGCAAUUACCAGCAUAGUAGUUCUUUAAGAAUAAUUUAGUCAUAAUUUUUUAAAUCACAUAUGAUUAGAUUUUAUAAUAUACAUAUACUUUUUUCAUAUUAUAAUUAGAGCUUUGUGAUUUUAUCUGUAGUUUUUCAUGUAUCAGACAGUGAGGGUUUCUAUAACAUAUUGAAAAAUUAUGUAAACAUAGUGAAACACUGCAUUUUUUUGAUAAUUUACUAGCCUUAUAUAUGAUCUUAGCAAGCAUUUGGGGAUUUAAGGACAACAUUUAGACAUCUAUUUCAUGGACUACUGAAUACAGCUUACAUCUUUCUGGGGCUUUCUGGUUUACAAAGUGCUUUUCAGACCUCGUUUUAUUUAGACCAUACAAGAUGCCUGUGAGGCUGAUCCAGUGGGUAUUUUUAUUCUUGUUUUUCAGUUGAAGAAAUAGCAAUUCAGAGAGAUGAAGCACCCGUCCAAAGAGUGACUCUCAUACUAAGCCUUCUGAUUCCAGAUCCAGUUCCCUUUCCCCAGCACCCUGCUAUCCCCACAGACGGAGGUCACAGCCCAACACCCAGGAUACCAUGGAUCUGUUGAUACAGCUGGCUCUACAGCUGUGCAUUCUGCAGAGAUUCAGAGGGCACCUCUGCAGUCAAGCACGGCCCCUCCAAACCCUACUAUUCUCCUGUAAAUCCUUCCCCUGUGCACCCCACACCUCCCCAGGUAGGGGCAUCGCUUUGUCAUGUUGUUUCAACCAGCUUCUUUCAGCAGCUCAUAUUUUUCUAAAGUAAAGGGAAUAGUUUGCCCAGCUUAGGUUGUCCUUGCCAGAAUGAGCCUUUAAGGGGAGUUGAUAAGAAGAGAGGUAUCCUUUUAAAUAUCACUUCUCUGCUCAAGAUAAGAUGGAGGCUUGGAUCCCGAGUAAAGCAGCCUCCAGUACUUCUGUGCAAACCUAGAGCUCUUUAGAACAUAGUGUGAGAACCAUCAAUUGUGGGCAAUGCUUGUGGCUCAGUGAGUAGGGCGCCAGCCCCAUAUACUGAGGGUGGCAGGUUCAAACCCGGCCCUGGCCAAAUUGCAACAAAAAAUAGCCAGGUGUUGUGGCGAGUGCCUGUAGUCCCAGCUAAUCGGGAGGCUAAGGCAAGAGAAUCGCCUAAGUCCAAGAGCUGGAGGUUGCUGUGAGCUGUGACGCCACAGCACUCUACCAAGGGCAACAAAGUGAGACUCUGUCUCUUAAAAAAAAAAAAAAUCAAUUGUAACCAUUAAUGAGUGCAUUUAGAAGUUCCAACAGUGAGUUAAUGGCUGGGUCCAGAUUAGAUUUAGAUCCUAAGUCUCCUACUUUGCUGAAUUUCAUAUGGUGAUACAAUAUAUAUGGUGAAUAUUUGUACACAUGGUUCUCACCCACAUCUUCCUGACUAAAGCUAGGAUUUAUGAGUUAUUUUGGGUGAUAAUGUAAAGUCAAAUCCAGACUGAUAUAUAGUCAUUAGCCCCGAGAAGAGUUUCAGAAUGGCUAAGAGAAGUCCUGUGUUUUACCUGAUGGUUAUUUGAAUAUUAAGAAGCCUAGGGAGGUAAAUUUUGAGAGCAGCCACAGAGGGAGCCAUUUCCUUGCAUCCCCCACAGGUAAGUGGAUUCUCAAGCACCUGGAGUUACUCUUAUAAAUUGGUAUAUAUAAUUGUGAAACUACAGACAUUUUGUUGUGAGAAUGAUGGUAUGAAAAUUUCCUCCACCUAUUGGGAAUGUUGUCUAGCAAGGAAAACCCAGAGGAGAUACUUGGAUGACUUGAGAUCGAGGUCCUCACGCAUACCAUCCACUGACAGAGACACCUCGUUUUUUAACUGCCAUUUUGUACCACUUUCCUCCAUAUUUCUGUCAAAUACCUGUAACCAUUGCAAUGUUAUUUAUUAAGCAUUUUAUGCCAUACAUUGUGAUAAGAAGUUUGUAUAUAUUAAUUUGUAAAAUUGCUUCAUGAGGUUAAAAACUAUAAUUAUUCCCAUUUUGAAAAGAAGCCACUUAGGUUGAGAAAGAGUUAGUAAUCUCUGCCACAGGGCCUCACAGCACCUGCUUAUAGAAGCUGGGGUUCAAGGCAGGUCUCUGCUUCCAAAGCCUGUUCUCUGAACCACUGCACAGAGCUGCUUAGAUUCCUAGUCUCAGGUCAGUUUUAUAAAGAGACACAUUCUAGUUUAGUGCCAUAAAGAACUUUCUGGUGGUUAAAGCUGAUCAGAAAAGAGUUCCCCAGAGAACAAGGAAGCACUGUCCUAGCAGGUGUCAAUCAAUCUGAACUCACUGUGGCAAGGCUGCUGAGGAGGCCCAGUGCUUGAAAGGAAUACACCAGCUGAGCACUCUGAGAUUCCCUCUGUAAGCUUGUGAGUUGUAAACUAACAGGUAAAUGCCUGAAGAGAGACUCAGAGAAACAUGGUGAGAAGAGCUCGGUAAGAAUCCU